AUGGCAUACAGUCUCAAAUUUAACCCAAAAGUCCUGUCUAAAUACCAGCAUGGCUUAGGGUACGUCUCGAAUACGGAUGGAAGGGGUGUUUUUUCGGUUAAUGGAAUUUUUAAGAGAGGACGAAAGGCCACAAAACCGACCUUUGACCUGGUCAAUAUUCUGUGCUAUGUUGGUGGUGAAAUUCGGGACGGAUUCUCCCUGGAAAAGUUGAGGGAAAGCGAUUUAGUACCAAUACUUGAGAGUAAUUUCAGUUUGGCUGCGGGGAAAGCUAUUCUCCAACCGGUACCAAUCGAAGAGGCGGCGAAACUGUUGGUUAUCCCUUGUUACGAGAAGGCGAAAGCUUCUCAAGGAGGUGAAACUUUCAUCAACAGAGAAGUCAAACGCAGCUUUGAAUUUUACGAGCGUGUUUCUCGAUUUUGUAACUACAGUAGCGAAGAAGAAUUUAUCAUGGCGAAGGGAGGAAGCGAAGUGAAGAAGUCAUUUACCUAUUUAGACCCUCGUCGCCCGGAAUUUGAUGCCUGGUGGAUAGAGAAGUCGGAGUUAGAGUACCUUUGUUGUCCCUUACCCCCAGCUCCCACGGAACCCCCGGAAUACGAGAAACUCCUCCUAGGUGGUGGGACCAUGAUCGAUUUUAUGAGCAAAGCUAACAGCCAGAGAAGCAAAUUUUCGCAGUGGAAGAAGACGACAUUGGAGAAGUUCAGUCUUCCUGUUAACUUCGAGCGACUUACUGGAAUAUGUAUGCAUCAGGCUCUGUGGUAUACUUGGAAAGGAGAUCUGAGGUUGGGAGUCACCAUGCUCGAGUCAGCGAAAAAAAUCGUGGAGGAUCAGAAUGCUGAAAGAAUGAUUGAUGCUAGAAACCCAGUUGUGGAUGUGUUUCUAAGUUUGACUCAAAUCAAGUUUGCACAGAUAGGAGGUUGUGAAGGACAAGUGGGCAAGGUUAACUGGCAAUUGUCAAAAGGACAUCAGUGCAAAACUUGCCAUUCCUCUGCAACCAUGGAGAGAGCUGAUAAUGUCUUACCAGGAACAUGGACUUUGACAUGUGUUGAUAAAGAUGGAAGAGGUAAAAUUGGAACAGAAACCAACAGGCAAUCUCUUGUAACUGCACUUGCUGCAGUAAAAAAAGUCCAAUGUAAAGAGGAAUUUGAGACUUGCAUUAAAUAUCAUUUGAAAGAUGGCCUAGGAAUCUUUUUGGAACACUCAUUUGCAAAUUUGUAUUGGAUGAGUAAACCAACACCUCCCAUGACAGAAGCUCUAAUCGAAGAAGCAGUGGAUCAGUUUGUAGAUUCUAUUGAUUGCAACAAUUUUGAUCCUAUGAAAUGGGCAGCAUCCUGUACUUCUCUUCUGGUGGAGCUAUUGGUCAAACAUUGCCAUGGCAAACUUUCAGGGGAAGCCAUUAAUGAUGUUGGUGAACUGUUUGAAGGAGUGUUCAAAAGUCAAAUUGCCCAAAAUAUUUUAGAAGUGGAAAAGCUGCCACAGUACACAACCCUUUGUGAUGAUAAAGCCUCAAUGCAGCAACUAAGUUCUGUCAUGAUGGCAAGAGCUGUUGCCCCUUCAAUUGCCCAAAAUUUUAUCUUUAAGUGGAAAACCAUGGCACGUAUUGACAAGAAGGAAGCACUCUCUGGGAGUUUUGUUGACCUUCUUGCUGCAACAAGGAAAGUUUAUGAGAAAUAUUCAAUUAAGGAAGUUUCUAGGCAUGCCAGUGACGAAGGGAACUCCACACAGACAUGUAGUAAGAAAGGAUGUGCAUGUCAGGACCUGGCAAAAUUUCAAGAUUUUGCUGUGGACCUAUUGUCUGGUGGACACAACCCAGUUUCAUUUCUGAGCUGCUCUCUAGAAGGGAAGGUCACUUUAAGUGAAGGUCUGUUUGUGGAUGGCUCAGGGGAACUGAUUGAUGAUAUGAUUUCAAGCCAUGAUAUGUACAUCUAUGAGAAAAUCAUGGACUCUGACAACUUGAAAGACUUUUCUAAUUGCCCCAGGCUUGCAUGUUUAUGUCAGUUUGCCUGUUGUGAGAUGUACACAAUGUUGAAAGUUAAUGCUAUAGUAAAUUUUAAAGAAAUUACCUGGAAAGAGAGUGCGGUGACUGAGACACAUUGUUGUGGCUUUUGUGGGCAGAUGGCAAAUGAAGAAGUAACUCUGAUGAAGUGUAGUGCAUGCAAGGCUGUAGUCUAUUGUGGCUAUCGAUGCCAGAGGAAGGACUGGAAGGCUGGUCACAAACAAAAGUGUCAAAGCCUACGAAGGCCUUGA